CAGCUCUGCCAACCUCCGGCCCCCUCAACCCUGCCGCCGCAGUGAGCCCCACGCGAGAGGGGAGUCCGCCGCAGCAGAAGGGAGAAAAUUCAAAACGAGACUACUCAACCUCGUCUUGGCUCCGAGGCCCUGCCGUGGAGACCAGCACAAUGCGCAGGCGCACCCCUCCUGGAGGCGUAGCGCAGGUCCAUCAGAUUAGAGCCUUCUCGGCCGCCGUCAUCCAGUUCUCUUCCGAUUCGUUCUCCUUUCCUGUAUUUCCGCUCUGAAGCCUGAGGUAGUUGAUGUGUGCGGGCUGGGCGCCGGUGGAAAUAGAACCUCGUGGUAUGGUCUGUAAAAACCCGAGGAAGAUAACUGAAGCCUAGCUUCUACUGCGCUUCGGCGCUGUCUACCUUAGAGCUACUUAAUUAUCGACGCAUACAUUUUUGUGGAGAAGGCUCCUGUGUACUUUCCGCCAUGGCACAACUCCAGGCACGUUUCUACACCGAGGACAAGAAAUACGCAGUGGAUGAUGUUCCUUUCUCAAUCCCUGCCACCUCUGAAGUCGCCGACCUUAGUAACAUUAUCAAUAAAUUGCUGGAGACCAAAAAUGAACUCCACAAACAUGUCGAGUUUGAUUUCCUUAUCAAGGGCCAAUUUCUUCGAAUGCCUUUGGUCAAACACAUGGAACUGGAGAACAUUUCCUCGGAAGAGGUUGUGGAACUAGAAUAUGUAGAAAAAUACACCGCUCCCCAGCCAGAGCAGUGCAUGUUCCAUGAUGACUGGAUCAGCUCGAUUAAAGGGGCAGAAGAAUGGAUCCUGUCUGGUUCUUAUGAUAAGACUUCUCGGAUCUGGUCCUUGGAAGGAAAGUCAAUAAUGACAGUUGUGGGACAUACAGAUGUUGUGAAAGAUGUGGCUUGGGUGAAAAAAGACAGUUUGUCCUGCUUACUACUGACAGCCUCGAUGGACCAGACCAUCGUCUUGUGGGAGUGGAAUGUAGAGAGGAACAAAGUGAAAGCUCUGCACUGCUGCCGAGGGCAUGCUGGGAGUGUGGACGCCAUUGCAGUCGAUAGCUCAGGAACUAAGUUUUGCAGUGGCUCCUGGGAUAAGAUGCUAAAGAUCUGGUCUACAGUCCCUACAGAUGAAGAAGAUGAAAUGGAAGAACCCACAAAUCGACCAAGAAAGAAGCAAAAAACAGAACAAUUGGGACUAACAAGAACACCCUUGGUGACUCUUUCUGGCCACACAGAAGCAAUUUCCUCAGUCCUUUGGUCAGAUUCCGAAGAAAUCUGCAGUGCAUCUUGGGAUCACACAGUUAGAGUGUGGGAUGUUGAAUCUGGCGGUCUUAAAUCAACUCUGACAGGAAAUAAAGUGUUUAAUUGUAUUUCCUAUUCUCCCCUUUGUAAACGUUUGGCAUCUGGAAGCACAGACAGGCAUAUUAGACUGUGGGACCCCCGGACUAAAGAUGGUUCUUUGGUGUCGCUGUCCCUCACCUCACAUACAGGCUGGGUAACAUCAGUGAAGUGGUCUCCUACCCAUGAGCAGCAGCUGAUCUCAGGCUCUUUAGAUAACAUUGUGAAGCUAUGGGAUACAAGAAGUUGUAAGGCUCCUCUCUACGAUCUAGCUGCUCAUGAAGAUAAAGUUCUAAGUGUGGACUGGACAGACACAGGGCUACUUCUGAGUGGAGGAGCAGACAAUAAAUUGUAUUCCUACAGAUAUUCCCCUACCACUUCCCAUGUUGGGGCUUGAAAAUGAAUGGCUGAUAAGAGA